CGACUUUGUCUAUGUUUAAUUGAAAACGUCCCAAGCCCUGGACAAUAAUCAAAUUCUCUUUCAAAAUCCCCGGGACAGUUUUUUUCGACAUCAGACAAGUUUCCUCUUUCGAUAUCUGCAAUUAAAAUUAUACCUUUCUAAAAAGCCCUAAAGUUGGUAUUGCAGACAGACGUGCAACAAUACUUUUGAAGUUGUUGAGGACGCGAGAUGAUUGGUUCCCAAGGUUAAAAGGCUCGAGGGGGAAGGCAAAGUUGAAGCUUGGAGACAACUGAGAUACGACAACACAACAUUAUUACGGUAGAAAUAUGGCAGAGGAAGGAAAGCGUAGGAGAUUGAGGCCUUCGAAUUGGUGGGAGGUGCAGGAUGAUGAUACUGGAAAUGGGGAGGUGGAAGGGGGCAGUCAAAUCACAGCGCAAUCGAACUCGCAAACUCUGAAUACAAAUUCAAAUACACCGAACCGCGGAAAUACGAAGAGGAAAGCAAAACCUUGGGUUCCAGCGGGUAUGGGUGCACCAAUUGAGAAGAGACGUGGACGACCAUCCUCUAAUUUAGGUUCUGUGGCUGAGAAACAAAAGGGAAGGAAUGACGAUGGAAGGGGUUAUAGUGAAGCGGAAGCUGAAGAUGAGGGUUUAAGGAAACAACAACCAAGUCGAGACGAGAUCAAGCCAAGGAGAGGCAGGAAAGAUGCGAACGGUACGAGAGGAAUAAUGAGUGUGAAUACCGACACGGAUGUUAUCGAGACGGUGACUGCGACUAGUUCUUUAGCGCCGCAGAAGAAGAGGGGUAGGCCUCCUAUGAGAGUUGUUAAUCGUGGAGUGGGAGACGAAAAAUCAAGCAACGCGGCGGCCGGAAAUCGAAAUAAGGGCGAGUCCAAGGCCAAGAGGCAGGAUAUGGAGGUUAGGGAGAGAAGACGUGGAAGACCAGCGUUAGGGAAUAUGGGUACCACAAACAGUCAGAAGAAGAAGAAUGAGGAUCGCAUUGAGCCAGAAAAUGAUGAGUCCUCGCGAUCACAAAGGCGCCAUCAGGCAGAGCCCGAAUCAUCGGCACCAGGUCAUACAAUGACGAAGGCUUCCAAGGAUAACGGAGAAUCAUCCGAGAAACAUGCGAAGCCAAAGAAGCAUGUCAAAAUAUCAGAUGUAUCACAAGAUAUCGAGUCGGAAUCUGCACUGUCCAAAACUAAAAAGUCUCUACCUUCGGAAGCUUCCACGUCCACAAGAAAGCGGAAGGAUUCGAAUUCAGACGACCAGCAGCCACCUCAACAAACUAAACGUCGCCGUGUGGAAGAUUCACAAGACGAUGGCGCUGACGCAGAGCAGCCGGAGCCGCUUUCAUAUCGACAUCUUGCGGCUGUUACUCGUCGUGUUUCUCUCGAGACUAUCAAUACGAAGUGGGAGGCUUUACGGCCAGGAUGUUUGGAUAAGAUUUCAGAGUUAUUGAUUGAUGUGCAGAGACCAGUUGUUUUACAAAUCCACGAUGAACGCAAGAAGACUCAAGCCAGUACAGCUAUACAAAUGAUAAGCCGUCGCCUUUUGAGUAGGAUUCGAAAGGGUAUGCCAUUUCCUAAAGGUACAAGAACUAAUCGAGAGGAUGAUUUUGAUUUUGAGAAGAUACUGGAUUACAAUCGAGCUUUAGAAUCUCAACUCACACCGGUUUUGCAUUCAAACGACCUUCUGGAGGCCGAGCUGCGGAAAGAGGAGAUAUUACUUGAGAAUGAGGAAAGAUAUCUCGCAGAAUUGGAGGCAAAUGCAAAAGCCGAGACGAUAAGUAGAAGACAGGCUGCUCGCAAGGCUCAUCCAUUGCUUCAGUUCGAGGUUAAUAGCACUGCAAAGGUCCUCAAUGAUAAUAUGGGUAUUGAUGGGGACGCAACUACUGCCUCAAUAACUCUCGACGUAAGUUUACAUGGUUUCUAACCCUCUUGCAUAACUAAUUUCUUCUCUAGACAUCGAAAUACCAGGAUCUGGAAGGCAUUUUCAAAAAUAUCAAUGGUCACGUGGACAGCAUUAAGGGCAAUUUACAACAAGUUGAAGGUAUUACUGAAGCUAUGGCUAAAAGUAAAGCUUCUGUACAAGCUGCUCUUUUCGCUCAUCUCGAUCUCGAACAAUAUAACGAUGUGGUGUUGGGCUAAAAGCUCCCGGAAGUUCAUCAAUUCAAGACAUGACGAUUUUAGUGCGAGGAAAGUGGGAUUACAGUGGUUAAGUUUGGGAGGGACAUUCCACAGGAACUAUUCUGUGUUUUAUGGAUUAUUGAUUUUAUGAUCAUUGUAUUAGAUACCCAAAUUCUAUCCAUUCAUCAUUGAUAUGUAUGUAGUAAUAACGAUCGACAAUUCAUUGUUCUUUGUACCAAAG